GCUGAUUCAGCCCAAGCAUUCGAAUGACCUUUACGUUAUGACGUCAUUCACAAUUUACCACCAAAAUCCAAAUUAAUUGGUUGGUUGCUGUUGGUUGGCCGGAUAUAGAUAUCCUAUCUUUGGUCACUACAUACUCGUGUUGACCAUUGAUAUUCGCAUUCUUCGAAUUUACCAUCCAAACUGUUCCCUUCAUCACAGACCAACUCGUUCAACAUAAGAACUAAAGUCAAUUCAAGGAUUCGAAAUGUCAUCAAAAGACCUUUCAACCGAUGGAGGGCUUUCUAAACUUAGCGUCUCCCAUCGCUCGAGUUUUACUCCUAACACUAGUGUUGUCAUCAACUUCCCAGCCGAAAACCGUCACCAAACGGCAAACCUAAUUGCGGACCUUUUAUCGGACAACCAUGUCAAGUAUCAUUGUUUCUUUAACGAAAAACGAUUCCACAAUCACAUAGUGCAUCACAUUUUAGCGUUGUAUUCGUUAGGUGCUGAUGGAAAGGCCAUCCAAGCUUCAUAUGAUCGCGAAGCUCCAACCCAAAAACCGAUUGGCGGUGUCGAUAACGAAAAUAUCACUGCCAAGAACUGGACCUCGUUUCUUGGUCAAGCAGAGUGUUACAAAAAUUAUUUGGAUUUUUUUUGGGAGGAAGUCAAAAAGAAAGGCGCAGUUGAGGCUGUCCAGGAGUACAUUUUUGGCAACCCGGAAAGUCAAAUGUUGAAUCGAACGUUCUCAGGUGUUCUUCACCCCCUCAUUCAUUGGGGAUAUGGUCUUGAAUUCAAGAUAGAUGCGAUAGUGGCCGAAGGUCUGGCUAUCACUGCUGUCCACGGGGCCAACCUUUCCAAUCUGAAAUUAUCCGAAUUAUUGACAAAACGUGUGACGAACGGGGCUUCCAAGGGAGAUACGAGUAAUGGCCACCAAAAAGAAAUCGCGCCAUCUUUUGAUUUCCGAUGUGAAGAAACCAACAAGACCUUUAAGCCUAAAACAGGCUUAUCUGCGUUUCAGAUCCUCCACAAGAUAUCUCAAGAAACCGAAUUACCAGACCCAAGCUUUCAGACUUACAAUACAAGGGAACAAUUUUCGAUGGCGGCUGAACAUCCAGCCUUGGUUCCGUGGUUGGACAAAUGGGAAAUUGAAGAUGAUUGUGAUUGGAAAGAAAUACUUGAAAGAACUAAAGAGCUCAUAUGGAUGGUCGCUGUAAUCUAUACGACUAGCUAUGAUAAAGAAAAAGGGAAAUUUGCAUUGAACUUUUUUCUCAUGCAUUUGGUCACCUCGUCGCUCUUCUUACCGGCCAUAUUACCUUACCUAGACCAACGACUGCGCCCCACAUUGCUCAAGGCUUUCUUCAAGACGGCUAUUUGUAUAUGGGUGGGUCAGGGACGAUUUGAAUUACGAAUUUCGGAAUGCUUGAAAGAACCGUCCUUUAUCCAAGUGCCCGAUUCUCAAAAUCCUGGAGAAUCUGAAAAUCCAUGGUAUAAAGUGUUGGAGAGCGCCGCUAAGCAUCCCGAUGAACAUACCACCAAGAUCAUCCGAGCCUUAUAUUUUAAUGCAAACACGUAUGGAAGCAGUCAACCGGGAUAUUAUUCCUGCGAUUUGAAAGGCUCUGAAUUACUAGACUCGACUCUCUUUCUUAGGGCUUCCAUAAUGACUCUUAACAAAUUGGAGUGGUCUGGAGAAGGAGCGAUGGACUUCAAAUGGUACUGAUUAAAGAAAAUCAAAAGAACUCGUUAGGGAUUAUAAUUAUUAUACAUAAUUUACAAAGCAAACUUUAUCUCCCUAGGUUGCUUGGUUCACAAGUACCUGCUAGCCUGUUUCCUGUGUACCUUUAGUAUGUAGUAAAACUAAUUAACCCUAAAAAACGAUGAUCCAGAAAGACUCACAAGUAUUGGUGGUCGAUUGAUCUGCCAGCAAUGCCCAAAGCCUUUGUUUUUUUUGUUGCACUACAAUGUCAUUUGUGCCUGUGAUCCUUCCUCUGGUGACCCAUGAACUGCCAGUAGGCUCCAAAUCAUCACUUGUCCUAUUUUGCCUUAGAUUGUAUGUAGUGUCUAUAGUUGUGCCAGUUUCACAUCAGCACAUACAUCUUGAGAGUGACCUGAGGAUCAUAGCACAUUAUUCACCAUUUGUUUGUUAUCAUUGGCACUUAUCGGGAAAAGAUACCUUAUUGACCGACUUAAUCAAGCCAGAAUCCGU